AAUAAAAAGAAACGCACACAACUCUAUUACAAAACACAUACCCAAUAAGAUUACAAAAUUCCUCAAAUUUUAUUCACUUUUCUCACCCACCCAUUUCUCCUUGUUAGCUCCGCCACAACUUUCUAUAUAUAUACACAAACUAUGCCCUCCCCAUCCCUUCUCCCCACUCUGCAUUUCUCCGCCAUGACUUCAACUGUUUCCGCCGCCACCGCCACCACAACUCUGUACAAGCGCCACAAGAACACUAACUCCUCCUCUCUCGACAUGGCCAAGAAGCUCACUAAUGGUAGUGGUGGGGACCGUACUGUUUAUGGAUUUGAUGCUUCGUUCUUGAAAUGGGGUGUUAAUGAUGUGGUCAAUGUGGUUAAGAUUCAUUGGCUACCGUGUUUUUUUGCACUUGGGCUGUUGUUUUUUAUGGGUGUUGAGUAUACACUUUUCAUGGUGCCGGCUUCUGCUCCGCCUUUUGAUUUGGGUUUCAUUGUCACGCGCCGCCUUCAUCUCUUGCUUUCUUCGUGGCCGGAGCUCAAUACUUUAUUGGCUUUUCUUAAUACGGUGUUUGUUUUGAUGCAAACCACUUAUAUAUUGUGGACAUGGCUAGUAGAGGGCAGACCAAGAGCGACAAUCUCGGCUUUGUUCAUGUUCACUUGCCGUGGCAUACUUGGCUACUCCACUCAGCUUCCACUACCUCAGGAGUUUCUGGGGUCAGGAGCAGAUUUUCCGGUAGGAAACGUGUCAUUCUUCCUGUUUUUCUCUGGCCAUGUAGCGGGAUCAGUGAUAGCAUCUCUUGAUAUGAGAAGAAUGCAGAGAUGGGGAAUGGCAUGGGCAUUUGAUGCGCUUAAUAUCUUACAAACUGUGAGGCUACUCGGAUCGAGAGGUCACUAUACGAUUGAUUUAGCUACUGGUAUUGGUGCUGGCAUUCUGUUUGAUUCACUAGCCGGAAAAUAUGAAGAGAGCAAGAGAAAACAGGCCCUUCUUGCUAAAGAAGCUUCUUUGUUUAGUUGAAGAACAAUGUUAGUGUAUGGAAAAGAAAGAAAAUGUGGGCAAUUACAGCCUAAAACCAUACUCUUAAAAUGUCAAAAAAAAUGGUGAACUAGCUUUUUUUCAUGAAAAUUAGACCACCUCAAUUUUGAACAA